AAUGCAGAAACUACCUGCCAGAAUACAAAUUAUCAGAUUUUCCUCCCUCCACCAUACCAAAAUAUAUCCUCUACCAUAUGCAAGCCUGUUUGGAAUACCUAUGAAAUGAGGUACACCAAGAAUGGUGAUAUCACAACUAUCAUACUAUCUGCUCCCUACACCGUUGGGUGGGUGGGAAUUGGAUUUUCCAGAAAUAGUUCCAUGGUUGGUUCAAGCGCAAUGGUGGGAUGGAUUAACAAGCAUGGUCACACUAAAAUUAAGCAGUUUUAUUUAAAGGGUAAGAAGCAAUCAGAAGUUAUAGCAGGCAAAGGCGAACUACCUCUAAAUACUGUGUCUCCUGCUGUUGCCACAAAUGGAGCUGAAAUUUAUUUGGCAUUUCAGCUCAAAACGGAGGUUCCAUAUGGAAAGCAGCCGAUUUUAUUGGCCUUUGGUACUAAGACUCCACAAAAUCAUCACCUCUCAAAGCAUGAUGACAGAACAUCCAUCAUAUUUGAUUUUUCUUCAGUGGCAGGUCCACAAGAUCCAGCAUCAGAUGGGUUGAUUCUGAUGAGGAGGAACCAUGGAAUAGUGGGAAUAAUAGGAUGGGGACUAAUCCUGCCAGUAGGGGCAAUUGUUGCCAGAUACUUGAGGCACAAAGAUCCCCUUUGGUUUUAUCUCCAUUCAGUUAUUCAGUUUGUUGGAUUUGCAUUUACACUGGGCACAGUCCUUCUUGGAAUACAGCUCUACAACAACAUGCAUGCUCACAUACCAGCUCACAGAGGCAUAGGCAUCUUUGUCCUUGUGCUAACUAUUCUUCAGAUACUGGCCUUCUUCUUGAGGCCAAACAAGGAUUCCAAGUAUCGGAACCUUUGGAAUUUGUACCACAGUUGGUCUGGAAGAAUGGCACUUUUCUUUGCAUCCUUGAACAUAGUACUGGGAAUGCAAGCGGCUGGGGCAGGGAGUGAUUGGAAGAUAGGUUAUGGAUUCCUUGUUAGUAUCAUAAUCAUUGCAAUUGUCGUUUUGGAAGUAUUGGCAUAUUUGAAAAGGUCAGAGAAGCGUUCACUUCAUGGGAGUUUCCAAAUGGACUCAGUUCCAGAUCCUUCCUUUCCAAAUAAUUUUUCCAAAGGGUGAAUGAAUCCUUUACUUGCAGUGUCAAAUGUUCCCAUUCAAGCACAAGCAGGCUAUGGAAUAUGAUCAAUGGUCUGUAAUUGUUGACCUAUUCUUGAUGUAUAUAUUCAAACAGCUACAAGUUUGACAAGGUGCAGCAAUGUUAGGCUUCCUCACUUGAAUUUGGUUUGUUUUUGUGAUUGAGUUUUCUGCUAUUGCUUGGUCAGAAAUGUAAUGUUGUGUUUACAAAGCUCUUUUGGCAUUUUUUUGGGAUGUAAACAUAGAACAACUUAAGAAGCAGAUUGGUCAGUGAUAAUGUAUAGGAGCAAUAACAUAUAUUGCUUUUGUUUUGUUGAAAACCUUUCCUCUAAACAAUUGGGGAAUUAUGUAGUUCCGAUGCUGCAUUAAGAAAUGAUGAAUUUGAUUACCAUGUAUCAUCCA